CGUUCAGAAACGUAAUUUUUAGCGAAUAAACUCGUUUAUGUGUGAUAUUUUGCACAAGGUUGUGUUCUAGAGAAGGUGUAAGUACAAGUUGAACGUUUAUGGAACUAUUCAUGAAGUCGCUGCAGGUUGAACUCCAAAUAGAUCCAAUUUGUAUAUAUAGUGCAUUACAAAGGGUUCACGCGCCAUUCAUUCGUGCCCUAGGUAGUGCACUGAUCUAGGGAACAAGUUGCGUUUUGGGAUUCAGCCUUGAGUUUGUCGCUGCCAGAUGUGUUUUAGGUAAACUUCAUAAUGCAGGGACUGAACUGACACAGUGAAAUGUAGGCCAGUUUCAACAAGACAAUAUAUAAUAGAAUAAACAUUCUAAUAUUUGUUAUGUUUAAUUUCGUUGGCAUUUUGUUUACAUUUUCGAGACAUGUCACAUUGUGUGCUAAAUACUCAACAUUAGGGAUGCACCGAAUAUUCGGCAACCGAAAUUAUAAGUGAAAAGGCCGAAUAAAUUUGACCGAACAAUGACCUGUUUGAUGACGCGACCAAAUAGCCUAGCAAACAGAGUGAGACACACGAAGCUUUAAUUGCAGCAAACAUGUCGGCAGUGUGGAAGCAUUUUAAAGUGUCAGAGAAAGAUGGAAGAAUGGCCGUUUGCAGACAGUGUUCUGCUGAACUGUCUAGAGGGGGUACUUCUGGAAAAACGUACAGCACUACAAGCUUAAUUUAUCAUUUAAAAUCAAGGCACCCGGAACAGUAUGCAGAAUACGAGAAAGAUACAGGGGCAGCAGCAGCAGCGAAAAGAAAAGUUCCUCCCAGUACACCCACUCCAUCUGUGGCUGACUUCUUAGAAAAGGCAAAAAAGUUUGCCAACGACAGUGCCAAAACUAAAGGCAUUACUAAAAAGAUUAUGGAAUUCAUCGCCUUGGAUGAUCAAGCAUUCUCGGUUGUAGAGGACGUUGGAUUUCGCAGGCUUAUAGACUAUAUCGAGCCCCGUUACAUCAUGCCUAGUAGACGGUAUUUCACAGACGUGUGCUUACCUGAGAUGUAUAAUGUCAUUUCAACUCAUGUCCACGAGCUCUUGGCUACAGAUAUUGCAGCCCUCAGCUUCACGACAGAUAUAUGGAGCUCAGAUGUAAGCCCCACCAGUGUGCUGAGUUUAACCGCACAGUGGAUUGACACAGAUUUCAAGCUACAAAAGGUUGUGCUUCACUCACAAGAGUUAAGGGGGUCCCAUACAGCUACAGCCAUCUCCGAGGCAUUCGCUAACAUGUUUGACACUUGGCGUAUCGACCGAUCUAAAGUGCAUGUGGUAGUCAGUGACAACGCAAGAAAUAUGGCCGAAGCCAUGGGAGACAGCGAUCUGAAAGGCAUUCAGUGCAUGGCACACACAAUUCAGCUAGCAGUCAACGAGGGAGUGAUGAGUCAGCGCAGUAUAGCGGAUGUGAUAGCUAUAGGCAGGAAAAUAGUUGGCCACUUUAACCAUUCUCCGCUUGCCUAUGCGCGCCUACAAUCUAUCCAAGAGCAGUUUGCGUUGCCAACAAAACGUCUCCAACAAGAUGUAAGCACAAGGUGGAACAGUACAUAUUAUAUGCUGGAAAGCCUUUUUGCACAAAAGCGAAUACUGGCUGCAUACACAGCAGAUUAUGAUCUGCCCGCGACAUUCACCGCACACCAGUGGGUGGUAAUCGAGAAUGUUCUCUCUCUUCUUGCCCCCUUUGAGCAACUAACAAAAGAGAUAAGCUCAUCUGAGGCAUCUGUGGCAGAUGUUAUCCCCUUCCUUGCAGCACUAAAGCGUCUUCUAAACAAAGAGGCUGAAAAAGACAACGGAGUGAAAACAACUAAAAGUACACUCUUGGAGGCUGUCCACACCCGAUUUAUUCAGGCGGCCUCUGAACCCUUGUACUGCAUCGCGACUGUACUUGAUCCACGAUAUAAAGAGCAUUACUUGGAUGUGGGGACAAAACAGCACACACGAGAAAUUAUCCAGGCCGAGUUGGAUUCGGGAAAGCCACUUGGUGAUGGUCAGGGGAUGCACUGCGCAGGAGAUGGGGGGGACAGCGCAGAGAGAAAAAGGUCCCGCACAGAUGAGCCGCGUACAGCCUCGCUGUCUGACAUGUUUGAUGAAAUCCUCCGAGAGAAUAACCCAAAUGCAAGACAGAGGACAAGCUCAACCACUCAACAGUUAGAUGGUUAUCUCUCAGAAGUCCCCAUCCCCAGGAGCAAUAACCCUCUCGAAUAUUGGAGGACCAAUCAAGGUCGCUUUCCCGACCUGGCACAGAUGGCACGCAGGUACUUGUCUGCUCCAUGCACGAGCACUGACAGCGAGAGACUGUUUAGUGCUGCAUCUCAUAUCAUCGAUGAGAAGAGGACCCGACUUGAAUGUGGGAAAGCAGAGAAGCUACUUUUCAUAAAGAAGAACCUGCCACUUUUCCUAAAUAAAUUCCCCAUCAGCAAGCCUCAGUUAGCAGAGCAGUGGGUGCGAAGCCUCGGGCGAAAAAACUUUGUCCCAACCACCAACUCAUGUCUGUGUUCAGAUCACUUCCUUCCUGACUGCUUCCGCGAUUACAAUGGCAAACAGUUCCUGAGGGAGGAUGCUGUCCCUACCAUUUUCUCACACUCUGCCAAGGAGGGGGCAGACGGCACAAAGAUCGAAUUACGGAAGAACCGUGGGGGAUUGGGGACGAAAGAGGAAUCUCGUUCUGGUUCAAUUUCUGAUGGAGGCAAACAGCAGUUCCCAAAGGAGAGGAGACAAACCACAAGAGACACUGGCCAAAAGGGAAAAUCAGGAAAUGAUGCAUACAAGAGACGUGGAGGGGCGAAGGUCUCAUCCAGCGACAGGCAGGUCAUGACGGCUAAGAGCAAAGUGUACGACAGCCGAGGUCUGCUGAUCUCCUGUGGGAGAGACCUGUGCGACUGCUUGGAUGUGGACUGCAUGGGCUGCUUCUACCCCUGUCCCGAAUGCAGCUCUCGCAAGUGUGGCGUCGAGUGCCGCUGUGACAGGAAGUGGCUUUAUGAGCAGGUGGAAGUGGAGGGGGGCGAGAUCAUCCGGAACAAGUUUGCAAGCUAACUGGCGAGGAAAGAAAAUUGAGAUGGUGUUGGGGGUUCAAUGCGUGGAAGAGUUGGCUAGUGGUGUAAAUGUUAAGGUCUCAUUUUUGUACUAGCUUUCAUCUGGUCAACAUAAAAUAAAUGAAACGGUGAUCCAGAGACCUUGCUGGCCUUUGGGUUUGUAGUUUGGACACGAGUAGAGUUUUCUAUGCUCAACGAAUAUUCUAAAGACAAUUCUAAUGAAAAAACUCGAAUGCUCUGUAGAUAUGAAUUGAACACUGUGAUUCCAUUGGGAGUUUUUCUUUUUUUUUAAUUCCAGGGCUACGUUACUUUCUGUAGACUGAUUUCCUUUGCAUGAUGCCUCACCAGGCUCACUUUCAUAUUCAGAUUGAAGAGAUUUGAUAGGCUGACAGUUGGUCAUUUUUAAAAACACAAGCUCAUUCCUUACAUCGUAAAUUCUGUUGUAAAACUGAUCUGAAUGAUUUUCUACAUUAAUAAACAUUAACAAUCUAUGAACUUCAUGAAUAAACUGUUGGUAAGUCACCACA